AUGUCGUGGCUCUUUGGUGGAAAGAGUACUAACCAGGAGGAGCAAAAGGCAACACAAACUGACGAUGCGCAGCUGCGACAGAAACUGGGUUUCGACCCGAGCCAGGUGUCCAACGUUUCGGACGUGAUCGCGGCGCCAGGUGCCCUCGACGUUUCGAGACUGCAUCCGCUUGCCGGCUUGGAACGCGGCGUUGAAUACUUAGAUCUCGAGGAAGAGCAGCUGUCGACGCUCGAGGGUGGCAACAGUCUGAUUCCCUCCAGAGGCUGGACCGACGACCUGUGUUACGGUACAGGUGCCGUUUAUCUGGUGGGGCUCGGUCUUGGAGGCUCGUACGGGUUCCUCGAAGGUCUUAGAAACAUCCCGGCUAACAGUCCGGGCAAACUGCAGCUAAACACGGUGCUGAACCACAUAACCAGACGGGGUCCGUUUCUGGGCAAUAACGCGGGCGUGCUCACGUUGACCUACAACCUCAUAAACUCCAGCAUCGAUUACUUCAGAGGCAAACACGACCCUGCCGGUUCUGUCGCUGCAGGCGCCCUCACAGGCGCGCUGUUCAAGUCCUCGAAGGGCCUCAAACCUAUGGGGUAUGCCUCCGGUAUGAUGGCGGGCGCAGCCGCUGCCUGGUGUGGUUUCAAAAGCCUGGUAUUGUAG